AUGAUGGGGGAAGGAGACAUGGGUUACGGUGACUAUUACAACUAUGACAACAACUGGUCGAUAAUCCCACCGGAUUACGGUGCUGAACUUGGUUACCAAGUGCGACAGCCGCAAAUCGAAGAAGACUACAGAUACAAUUCUUAUGCAGGGCGGCGCGGGGUGUUCUUCACCCCGAGGACCACUCGAGGGUUGUUUAGUGUAGACGCGGCGUCGCAAGGCGCAGCACGUGUUCUCGCGAGUGUACCUACAGCUAUCAAAAUUAUCCCGAAAACGAGUUCUCCCGGCCGGGAGAUGAAGUGCGAGGAGGGUGAGAGCGCGCGCUCUCCGCCACCGCCACUGCUGCCGCCGGCUUCACUGCUGGCCUGGAGCCCUAUUUUACUGCCGCCGUGGGGCCCGGCUUUCCUGCCGGCCCUCUACCCGGCGGCUUUUCGGUCCGCAUUCCCUGGGCUCUUAGACAGCAUGAAGAUGCCCGGUCAGCGGCCAGGGUUCCAGAUAUCUGAUAUCUUGGGGUUAAAUGAGGGCAAAGGAUUGGAAUCAACGCCCGCACAGGGUGCGAUCGGCGGAUGUUCGUUAGAAUUGCCUCCAUACGCGCCGCCUCAUCAUGCUUUCUCUCACGAGCUGCUAAGACAUCAUCAGCCUUGGUUGUCACUGGACCAUCACGAGGCACAUAAUAAUUGUGUCAUCGGUCAGCAGGCGAGUCCUGAUAGUACUUCUCGUGCUUCAGAGCUUUCUUACGUAGGCCCAUCGGCUGCUUCGCCACCAGUUAACGACCCGCGCAACGAACAUGACCACGACCAUGAACCAGACGAUAAUGAUAUUGAUCACGACGAUGAACAUGACCAUGAACCGAGUGCAAACGCCAGCUCUGACCCUAAUCUAGCCCACAAGAAACGUAAACGUCGAGUUCUCUUCUCAAAAGCUCAAACCUACGAGUUGGAAAGACGAUUCCGCCAACAACGAUACUUAUCAGCACCGGAAAGGGAGCACCUGGCUAGUUUAAUAAGACUGACACCGACACAGGUUAAAAUUUGGUUCCAAAACCACAGAUAUAAGACUAAACGGGCUGUACAAGAGAAAGGAGCUCAUGACUUGAAUGUUGGUGGAUUAAAUUCCCCGAGACGUGUAGCUGUACCAGUCUUGGUGAAAGAUGGGCGGCCUUGCGUUGGAAAGCCUGAUGGGUUGCCGCCAUUGGGAAUGUCCCUCCCUCCGUACCAUCAAUCUAUGCAUCAUCAGCCCUCUGUAGCAGGCCACGGACCACAGUCUGGAGGUUGCUGGUGGUGA